AUGAGUGCUCGCACGCGACGACAAAAGGCCGCCUUGGGCUGCCUCCCCCCAUCCAAAUCUACCAAGCGCACGCCUUCCAAGAAGAGGUCACGAUCAUCUCUGAAGGAAGAGGACGAGAAGGAGAACAUCUUCCUUUUCGCCCCGAACCUCAUCGGGUAUUUCCGAGUUGUCCUUGCUUUCGCAUCCCUCUACUACAUGCCCCUCCACCCUCGCACAUGCUCUCUUCUUUACAGCGUGUCGUGCCUGCUCGACGCAUUGGAUGGUUAUGCGGCGCGUUACUUUAACCAAUCGACCACCUUCGGCGCCGUGUUGGAUAUGGUGACCGACCGUUGCACGACCUCUUGCUUGAUUGUCUUCCUGAGCUCCGCCUGGCCCCGAUGGGCUAUCGUCUUCCAGGGCCUGAUCUGCCUGGACUUGGCCAGCCACUACAUGCACAUGUACGCUACGCUAAGCAUGGGUGGUUCAGACCAGAGCCACAAGAAGGUUGACUCCAGCCGCAGCUGGAUCCUCUACCAGUACUACCACAGCAGGGUUGUUCUGUUCAUUUGCUGCGCUCUCAAUGAGCUCUUCUUCAUCGGGCUCUACCUGCUCUCUUUCUCAUCGCCGAUCCUUUCGCCGUCGCUCCUCCAGCCCGUUGGCGACGCCCAGCCUUCCUCGGUGCAGCCCGGAAACCCCGCCAACCCCGUGCCCAGCAGCCUUUUCGCUAGCCCAUGGAGUGCCGGUGCCCUCGAGAUGGCCCGCGCCAACAAGAUCGAUAGCUUCUGGCCGUGGGUUAUCACCGGUAUCUCUGCCCCCGUCAUGCUGUUCAAGCAGUUUGUCAACGUUGUCCAGAUGGUCAACGCCAGCCGCUGGCUCGCAGAAGGUGAUCGCCGGACCCGCCGUGCCAACCGCAAGAAGUGA